AUGUCUUUCGCCAAGUCUACAGCCGUUUUUGGCGUGCUUGCCCUUCUUUCCAAGGUCCAAGCACAUGGCCACGUAACUGGCGUUGUUGCUGGCGGUGAAUGGUAUUCUGGAUACAUUCCAUCCUUCGUUUAUCAGAGCAAGCCUCCAGUUGUAGCUGGGUGGACCACUAAGGGUGUCGUCGACAACGGAUUUGUCAGUGAUUACAACUCACCUGAUAUCAUUUGCCACAAGGGCGCUACCCCUGGUGGCAGCUAUAUCAAGGUCGCUGCUGGUUCAAGCAUUGAUCUUCAGUGGACGGCAUGGCCUGAGUCUCACCAUGGCCCGGUUAUGGACUUCCUCGCCGCUUGUGGAGAUGAUUGCACGACUGUUGACAAGACCAAACUCCUCUUCAACAAGAUCGACGAGUCUGGACUGAUCGACGGUAGCAAUAAUCCAGGCCUGUGGGCAUCAGAUGAUCUUAUUGCCAACAAUAACACCUGGAGUGUAACAAUUCCUUCCAGCAUUGCCCCUGGCAAAUAUGUUCUUCGUCACGACACCAUUGCUCUGCAUUCGGCCUUUGAUGUCGGUGGCUCACAGGCAUAUCCCCAGUGCUUCAACCUUGAAAUCACUGGUUCGGGCUCAAAUACUCUUCCCAGUGGAACCAAAGGUACCGACCUUUACAAUGAUGAGGAUCCCGGUAUCCACAUCAACAUCUACUAUCCCAAGCUGACCUCAUACACCAUUCCCGGACCUCCCCUGAUCGACGGAACCUCAUCUGGUCCUCAACCAGGACCAAGCUCAGCCGCAUCCUCGAGUACCACCAGCGCUGCAGCUGCAACUUCCGUAGCCGCUUCGUCGUCCACCAGCACCACCAGCAAGAGCGGCUGGGGCGUAGACAUCACUGCCAGCGUAACUGCUCCUGGCCAGGUCAUCUCAACCAAUGUAUCUCCCGCCAGCUCAAGCUCAACGAGCACCACCACCACCACCACCACCACCAAUGCAGGUCGACCAAGCAAACCCGCUACGUCUGCACCUUCCGAGCCUUCCACCUCUCAAGCACCUCCUCCCGGUCCCAAGCCAGAGAGCUCAGCUGCUCCUCCCCCACCACCGCCACCACCAGCCAACACUGUUAAUCCCGCGGAAGGAAAUACUGGGGGAAACCCCGGAGGCAAUGGAGGCAAUGGAGGGUGGGGCAACGGCGGCGCACCCACCAGCCCGGUCUCAUUCACCAGCACCGUGACCGGCCGUAUUGGCAGGCCGACGAAAUUCACCUGCUACAUCGAGGAGUAG